AUGUCUUCAUACACUUCCAUCUCAUCACAUUUAGUCGACGCUCAAGUUCAAUACUCGCGAGAAGAGACCGACUCUCUCUGCCUGAAUACACAUCACAUAGCCAACACACAAUUUGACCCUACUCUCCUGUCUCCGUACAAUCAAUCGCAUACAAUCAGUAAUUCUACAAGUCCAUACAACAUUGGUAACACACCAGUCGAAAGUCUUUCCGAAUUCAGCAACUUUGGUAGCGACUAUAGCGAAAUCGAGGACGAAUUCUUUGGAGUGGAUUUCGACGCCGGCGUGCAGCGAAUAGAUUCACUACCAUCCAAUCUUACAACAUACCCGACGGAAGCGUAUACAAAAGCCACACAUCAGGUAUCUUCGAAUACUAGGAAUCAAAAAUCACCAGAAGCCCUCACAGCUUCAAACUAUCCGCUCAGCCCAAAGAAUACAAGUAUUCCAAACACACCCUCCCCUAGAAGCGAGGUGAAUGAUAAGAUCCAUUCAAUAAUUACACAUCACGAAAUAGAGAUCGACAACGAAAUCAAUCAAUCGGGAUUUCCAUUUCCAGAAUUGACAUCGACACUUAAUACACUGCAAUUGACGCCAGAGAAUAGCGGCAGCAGUCGCACGAGCGCUGAAGGGUUUGAACCAACCGGCAUGGCUUUUCGUGCCCACAGUCCGCAUGUGACUGUUUCGCAUUGGGCCGAAGAACAAUCUUCGGCUAGGCGCGAUUUUGCGCCAAAUGUGAAUCAAUACAGGGAGCCAGUGAAACCCGAUUUUGAAGAUUAUCAAUAUCCAUCCCAGAGUUUCAACCAGAGCUCCAAACCGACCGCAUUGCGGAAUGAUGAAGGACUAUGGAGUCCGAAUGACACAACAGGUCUGGCGGGAUUAGAUCCUGAAAGUCGAAAAGCUUUCUCCGGCGCUGAAAUUCCUAAUCUGAAAGAACAAGAAGAGCAACGACAUAUCGAUGACACGAAUAUACAGGUACACUUAUGGCGCCAGAGAGGCAAUUCAACCAGUGAUCCAAAUGUGCCGAGAUCUAGAGAAUCGACUUAUGCUGUACAGGUUGAGCAGGCUGAAGUUAAUUUGGCACCAGUGGAUGAUGCCGCAAGCAUUAGAGAGAAUAGGUUUCUUGAUGGGCAAGUUUAUUACAACAUCAAAGGCGACUCCCCAACUGAUGACGACGUGAAAUUGAUGAGCCAAAUACGUCAAUUCAACGAUGCUCCUGCGCUACCAUACAUGACAGUCACCAACUUUCAAGCACCAGCUACGGCAAAUGAUGCCAUCCAAAAGUGGAAUGGAAACGCAGACACUUUCUCAAUAAUCUCACGUGCAGCAACUUGGGGCACGCGACGAAGAAGUGAGCCAAGCCUGAUGGACUAUGACGCCGUGGCUGAUGGCAGUCUCCUCAAAAAAUUGUCAAUUAAGCCAGAAAGGAAAGGAUCAGGGCGUUGGACUAACCUUUCAAACUUGGGACAACGCGCUGUCACUCGUGUGAGAAGUAACAGUAAUCUCAACAAGAGAACUCGUAGCUCUUCAAACUUGCAAGGUUCUUCAAUGGAGAUUAAGCAAAAGCAAAACAAUUCAAACAAUCUAGCGCCACCACCAAGAACAUCUAGCUUUGGCAAGAAGCCAACACCAAGUCUCAAUACUGCAAUAGCAGCAAUUUCUGGAAUCGGAACUGCGGUGGGUACAAGUGCACAUCACACCCCACACACUCGUAAUGGCUCUAUGAGUGCAGUAUCUCCGAAAAGCCCUCUCCUGAAUCUACCCUUCCUUCGCAAGGACAGUGGACGGACCAGAAGUAAGAGCGAUCUGUCGAUUCGAGAAGGCGGAUCUGCUACUUCGAUAUCUGCUAUUGGUGAGCUCUGGAAGAAACAAGGUGGCCCACCUAUUCCAAGUUUGGCUCCUCAGGUAGAGCCCGAGUCCGAAGAUGAUGAAGAUGAUGAGCAAGGCGAUGAGGGUGACAUCAGAAUGGAACAUACUCAAUCGGAACCGAUUGUUCCUACAUAUGAAGGUUUCAAGGAGCAUGUAAGGCGGCUAAAUCCCGACAUGAAUCCAAAGUUCGGUUGGCUUGUCAGUCGCAUUGCUCAUCAGCAAGAAAUCCGAUACAAGAAUCUUCUUGAUCAACGGGUAAAACACAUGCAAGCCAUCAUGAAUCAAAACUGUUCUGCAAGACCACAUUGCAUCGCAUUGGGCGGAAGUGCUACAUUAUAUGAUGCCAAGGGAAAGAAUCGAGAACAUGACCGUAGUGCUGGUGGGCUACAACUGGUUACGGAUUUUUCCGACGAUUCGAACCCUGGUGAUGGUGCUCUUUCUAGCGAAACUUUCCCCAAAGGUGUUCCAUUACCACCAACCCGAAAUCUUCCCGCAGAGUUUGAAUGUCAAUUGUGCUUCAAAUCUAAGAAGUUUCACAAACCGUCAGAUUGGACAAAGCAUGUCCAUGAAGAUGUGCAACCAUUCACUUGUACAUAUGAUAAGUGUAGGGAGCCCAAGUCAUUCAAACGCAAAGCCGACUGGGUUCGCCAUGAGAAUGAGAGACACAGGCAUUUGGAGUGGUGGAUAUGUCAAAUCGAAGAUUGCAGGCAUCCUUGUUAUCGAAAGGAUAACUUCCUGCAGCAUCUGGUUCGUGAGCACAAAUUACCAGAGCCUAAACAAAAGACAAAAGCAGCCAUCAAAAAGGCCAAACAUACCGAGCAAGCUUGGGCGAUGUUAGAAAGAUGUCAUCACGAAACAACAAAUAAACCACAGGACGAGCCCUGCAAAUUCUGCGGCAAAUCCUUCACCACAUGGAAAAAACUCACUGUUCAUCUGGCGAAACACAUGGAGCACAUCAGUUUGCCAAUUCUCCAACUUGUUGACCAGAAGAAUGUCGAUGCUGAUACGAUUAUCAGCCCAAUCGAACAAAAUCUUACUCCCAUAACUCCAAUGGGCAAAACCAAAUUCGAGGAGUCAAGUCCUUAUGGCAUGGAAAGCAUCUCGCCCAACACCCCCAUGGUGCCCCAGUUUAGUGCCGGUUUCCAUCAACCUGCAUUUUAUUCUACGUCUGGCCCUUCACCAACGUAUGUCAUGGGAAACUCAAUGACACACACCCCAAUGACGCAAGGAAACCCAAGUGAACAAUUUCCACUAUUUUCCAAUGCCAAUGCCAAUGCAUAUAGUGCUCAGCAAACAAACCAGCCGCGACAAUUUGGCUCAAUGAACUCUGCUAACCUUAACAAUAUGCAUCACCCUACGCCAUCAUAUAUUAAUACCGGCUUUGUCAGCAAUAAAAUUGACCAACCCCACUCAGCUUUUGGAACUAUCGACACUACCAGUAGCUUUAUUCAAAACAAGGUUGAUCAUCUACCUCAUUCUGCCUUUGCUUCAAUCGGUCCUAAUUCUUUUCAAUCCCAAUCCAAUCAGGAUUUUAAUCAGACACCUCACUCCGCCAUCGGUUUCUCAAUGAACCAACCUUUCGUUACGACUUCCCCUCCAGUUUCAACAUAUAUGAUGGAUCAAAAUACAUUUGGCUUCGAUUCUUUGAGUGUCGAUCCCAUGACCAACUUUCAGCAAGUACCCAUGAGUCGUGCCCAGGGUAGCUCUUCCUCCUAUGGUCAAUCUCCUCAAAAUCUACAGCAUUCUCCUCAUAACAUGCAAUAUUACGGUCACCAAUGA